AUCGCCAUUUUUAUUAUAUUUUCGGCGUGUAUAAGAUAUACACAUUAGACAUUUUACAAAGUGAAAACGGAGUUUUCCACAUUAAAACAAGAGAAUAAUUAAUAUUUAAAUAAUUUGUGUGGAUUGGCAAUUAGGAAAAGAACAUAAUAUUAUAUAUUAAUAGAAGUAAAUAAUUAUCAAAGAAAUGUCCGAAGCUGGAAAGAAAUUGAGUGAGUUACGUGUGUGUGAUCUCAAGGAUGAAUUGGAAAAACGCAAGUUAGAUACUAAUGGUUCAAAGGCAUCGUUAUUGGAGCGUUUAGAAAAGGCUUUAAAGCGAGAGGGUGUGGACCCUGCCAAACACAUAUUUGGUGGCAACAAAACUGCAACACCUAAAAAAACGGUCACUACACCAAAAACUCCAGCAGGAAAGGCCAAAGUUGUUGCUGAAAAACCAAAGCCUGUAGAAAAGAAACCAGCUGAACCGGUUGUUAAGGAGCCCGAACCUGAGGCUGAACCCGAGGAACAGGAGGAAGUUGCUGAGGAUGAGGAACACAAUGAUCAGGAAGAGGAAAAUGCAGAAGCCGAUGAAAACAAUGACAAUGAUAUUGUAUCCGAUCAAGUCGGAGAAGUUGAUGAGCAUGAUGAAUGUCAUGAAAAUGGCGAGGAAGACGAAGAAGCUGCCUACGAUGAGGAAGCAGAAUGUGAAGAAGAACAUGCUGAAGAUGAUGGUGAUGCUGGAGAAGGGGAACACGAAGCCAUUGAUGAAACCUAUGAAGAAGAUGAAAACAAUGCCGACCCAGAGAAUGAGGAGGGCAAUAAUGAAAAUGAAGAAGGUAUCAAUUUGACAAUAGGAGAAGAUGAACAACAACUACUUCAUGAUGAGGCUCCGGAUGAUAAAGAUAAAUCGACUGCUUCUGAGAAGAAGUUAUCGGCAAAGGAUUCUAAAUCUGAUAAAUCUUCAGGAAAAGAUGACAAAAAGUCGGGGCAUGAUAAAGAUAAGAAAAAAGAUGAAAAAUCCAGUGACAAAAAAGAGGACAGCGAUAAAUCCAAAUCUAGUCAAAAAGACGAUAAAGAGAAAUCAUCUGCAAACAACUCGUCAUCGACUGCCACCAAUUCAAAAUCAACAAGUGGCGGCAAAUCAUCCUCGUCCACAGCAAAUGCAUCACGCAAUCUUUGGGUAUCCGGUUUAUCAUCCUCUACUCGUGCCAGCGAUUUAAAGACAAUAUUCUCCAAAUAUGGCAAAGUCAUCGGUGCUAAAGUGGUAACCAACACACGUACACCUGGCACUCGUUGCUAUGGCUAUGUGACCAUGUCUUCGUCCAGUGAUGCCAGUCGUUGUAUUGAUCAUUUGCAUCGCACCGAAUUGCAUGGCCGCAUUAUAUCUGUGGAACGUACCAAAAAUGAAAUUGGUGGCAGCGCUGCAAAUUCAAAGGAUAGUGGUAAAACUUCUGGCUCAGCACGUUCAGAAUCCAAGAAGAAGGACGAAUCGAAAAAGUCUGCCAGCAGUGGUAAGGACAAAGCAAGUGGCGAAUCAGGUAAAAAGGACAGCAGCAGUGAAACUAAAAAGGAUGACCGGGACAAAACGUCUCGUUCGAAAGAUGAUAAAAGCAAAGAAUCUAGCCGCGGUGAAAAGGCACGUUCUGAAUCAUCAGUGAGACGUCGUCCUCUGCACACAAACGAUAGCCGUUAUAAUCAUUAUCAACGCCAGCGAGAAAAUCGUGAACGGAUGCGUCAACGAGAGAUUCUCUCCUACAAGAAGAUACGCGAGGAAAGGGAACGCCAACGGUUGCGCGAACGUGAACGUGAACUGCGUGAAGAAGAACGUCGUCGUCGUGAGAUCCGUGACCGUCAGCGACAGGAGGAGGCCCGCUUGGCUGAAGAACGCAGAAAACUGGCAUUGGAACGUGAACGCUUGGAGCGUGAAAAGGCUGAACUUUUACGUUUGGAACGUGAACGCCAGAAGUUGGAGCGUGAGAAAUUGGAAUUGGAACGUCUCGAGAUAAAACGCCAACAAAUGAAGAUUAUGGAAACUCGUGAUGAUCCUAUUAAACGUUUGAGCAAACGAGAUGAUCAUUAUCCAGUGGAUCGUAAAAGAACAACGGCAACGGAUCGCUAUGAAGCUCCUCCUCCACCAAGGUUUGAUGCCUCGUUGGACACAACAUCAAGGAGCGAUUUAUAUUCUAGCGCUCAUAAACGUGAUGAUUAUGUCAGCUCCUCCAGCAAACGUAUUGAUGAUUACACAUCGUCCUCUUCGAAGCGUAUGGAUUAUGGUAGCAGUUCAAGCGGCACUAAACGUUCCGCGGUUGAUGACUUUUCGGAUAUUCCCAGUAAACGCAGCACAGAUGAUUACACGAAACGUGGUGGCGGAGAUUAUUUGGGUUCAUCAUCAAAACGAAGUGGUUUAGAUGAUUAUACCUCGAGCGGGAAAGGCGGCCGUGAUGAUUAUAAACGUGAAGUGGAGAUUCGUCAUUUACCAACAUCUGGAGGUGGUGGCGGUUCCUCAUACCAUUCCAGCGGUUCAAUGCAUAAGAGUGGAGGUGGCGGCGGACGCUAUGAUGAUCGUUCGACAUCACAUAAUUAUCGUCGUAUAGAUGAUAUUGGUGGCAACAAACGUUAUGAUAACACGGGUGGAUUUGGUGGUGGUUCUGGUGGCAACACAAGUAGCUGGAAUCCUUCAUCAUCAUCUCAUAUGGGCGGCAGUGGAGUUGGUUCAUCUAUGAAAUACUCUAGUAAUGGUAUGUCAUCAAAUAUGCAUUCCGGUUCGGGUUGGCCGAAAUCAAAUGCCGAUGAUAAUAGUUGGCGUGCGUUGCCCUCAACUCAAGAUCGUUAUGACCGAACCUACAAUGAACGUGGUACUGGUGGUUACUCGGGAGGCGGCAGCAGUGGUGGCGGCAUGUAUAAUAGUGGAGCACGUUCUGGGCAAGAUCGUUAUGGUGGACCCGUAUCAUCACGUUACUAAAGUCAUUGGCACAAAAUGCCUCGUAUAUACAUAGUAUUGUAUACGUUAAACAGAAAAAAAAAACAAAAA